AUGGCUCCUUUUCUGGGUUUCCGGGGCUCUCGCCUCAACCUCGCCACCAUCUUGCUGGUGGUAUUCCCGGCCUAUAUGUGCUUCGGAUACAAUCUGGCCGUGGCCGGUGGACUGCUUACCAUGCCCUCGUUCAUCGAGCAAUUCCCCAAAAUGGAUACCGUGAACAACUCGAGCAAGUUGAACUCCAAUGUGCAAGGUACCGUGGUGGCCCUGUACACCGUGGGCGCCAUCUUUGGGGCGCUGAACACCAUCUUUGUGGGCGACUGGCUCGGUCGCCGUCGCGUCAUUUUCUUUUCGUCGGCCUUGGUCAUCAUCGGCGCCUUGCUCAUGGCCUCCUCAUACUCGCUGGCCCAGUUCAUCGUGGCCCGACUUGUUCAGGGCUUCGGCACCGGUGGUGUCACUGCCACGGUUCCCGUAUGGCAGUCCGAAAUCUCGGGCUCGUCGCAUCGUGGCUCCCACGUUGUUACCGAGGGUCUCUUCGUGUCCGUCGGUAUCGCGUCGUCGCUCUGGAUUGACCUGGGCUUUUCUUUUAUCGACUCGAGCUCUGUCGCGUGGCGCGUUCCGCUCGUGUUGCAGUCCUCACUGUCCAUCUUCGCCAUGUGUUUCAUUUUCUUCAUGCCGGAGUCGCCGCGCUGGCUGCUGGGCAAAGGUCGCGAGCAGGAAGCCCGUGAGAUUCUGGGUGCACUACGUGAUGUCGACGCCAAUUCCGACACAGUGCAGGAAGAAAUCGGAGAUAUCCACAGAUCCCUAGAGCUGCUACACAGCGUCGGCCGAUGGGAGAUUCUAAAGAUGGGCGAGAAGCGCAACUUGCACCGACUUCUGCUCGGUAUUACAGGCCAAUCUUUCGGUCAGCUCUGCGGUAUCAAUACGCUCACCUUCUACGCCACCGUUAUCUUUGAACAGCGCCUCGGCUUGGGAGGUACGGAAUCGCGCAUUCUGAGCGCUGCUAUGACUACCAUCCAAUUGGUCGGCGCCCUCGCUGCCGUGCUUACUAUCGACCGCCUUGGUCGUCGUCCGCUCAUGCUUAUUAGUGCUAGCGGCAUGUGCAUCUCUAUGGCCGUCCUCGCUGGUACAAGCUCAACGACCAACAACCAUGCAGCGCUCAUUGUCGCUGUCGUUGCUCUAUAUGGCGUCAACAUGUUCUACCCCUUUGGCUUCCUUGGUCUGCCCUUCCUCUACUCCACUGAAGUCGCGCCUCCUCAUCUCCGCGCCAAGAUCAGUGGCCUCUCAAACUGCAUGACGUGGCUGUUCACCUUUGUCGUUGUCGAGGUCACCCCGACCGGUUUCCAGGACAUCAAUUACCGAUAUUACAUCAUCUGGGUCGUCAUCAACUUUGUCAUUGUGGUUACCGUUUAUUUGUUCUUCCCAGAGACCAAUGGCCGGUCGUUGGAGGAGAUGGAUGAGAUCUUUAUCCAGUCUAACACCAUCUUUGACGCCCCUCGGAUUGCGAGGAGUUUGCCGAAGAGGGAGCAUUUCGACCACGCGACUGACUCGCGAGAACAUAAUCUUGAAGAGAAAAGCUGA